AGCAAGAAACUGAAGAUGCAGAAGCAGAACUAAUGUCAAUGGAAAUUGAAAUUUCACCAAUUCCUUUAAACUCCAAAGGCAACUCGCGACAAAAGUCAAGAAAAAAAAACACUGAAACGCGACAGAAUGAAGUAACAGACAUGGAAGACCUAAAUGAGAUGCGAAAAUUGUUACAAGACAUUAAAGUUAAGCAGCAAACUUUUGAAGCUUUACGAAAUAACGACUUAGACAAGAAUGAACAGAGUAUAAGAGAGUUCAAAAACAAUUGUGAGAAGCGGUCUCAAGGGCUAGAAGCUAUGGUACUUCAAUUAAAACGUCAAAUAGAGAAUUUAGAAUACGAGAGGAGGUCCAUUUUGAAUCAAAGUCAAGAUUCAAUGGAGAUUAUUGCAACAAGCAGUAACAAUUCAUCGAGUAACGCUGAAGUAGCAAAAUUGAAAGACUUUGUGAAAAAGCUUGAAUGCGAUUAUCAAAAAGAGACAGAAAAGAACAAGCGUUCUGAAUCAGAAAUAAAGCAAUUACGCGAACAGG